AUCAAAAUGUAGGGCAUCGUGUUGAGCCAAAAUGGCAGCUCUUAGGAGAAUAACCUUGUUUACAAAACAAAGUGUUUCAUUUGUUAAAUGUUCCGUACAGAACCAGACAAGAUCGGCCUCGCAUUUCCCAAUUGAUGACAACCUAUACGGUCUUUCAGAUGAGCAAAAACAGCUGCGUGAAACAGUAUUCCAGUUUGCCCAAAAGGAAUUGGCUCCCCGUGCUGAUGAGAUUGACAAAACCAACUCCUUCCCUGGAAUGAGGGAUUUCUGGAAAAAAUGCGGUGAUAUGGGAUUGCAUGGAAUAACAGCACCAGCCCAAUAUGGUGGGUCUGAGAUGGGUUACAUGGAGCACACACUGGUGAUGGAGGAGCUGUCGCGUGCCUCCGGGAGCAUCGCCCUUAGUUACGGCGCACACUCCAAUCUCUGUCUCAACCAGAUUGUCCGCAACGGCAACAGUGAACAGAAGCAAAAGUAUCUGCCAGAUUUAAUUGCUGGCAGAAAGGUUGGAGCUCUGGCCAUGAGUGAACACAAUGCUGGCUCAGAUGUCGUUUCCAUGAAACUGCGAGCAGAUAAACAGGGUGACCACUAUAUCCUGAAUGGCAACAAGUUUUGGAUAACUAAUGGACCCGACGCAGAUGUCCUGGUGGUGUAUGCAAAAACAGACUUCAAAACAGAGAAGCCACAGCAUGGCAUUACAGCCUUCCUUGUAGAAAAGGGUAUGAAGGGGUUCAGUACGGGCCCCAAGCUGGACAAGCUGGGAAUGAGGGGCUCCAACACGUGUGAACUCAUCUUCCAGGACUGCCACAUACCCGCUUCCCAAAUGCUGGGUCAAAUCAACAGGGGUGUUUACGUGCUCAUGAGUGGCCUAGAUAUUGAGAGGUGCAUUCUUGCUGCGGGCCCCCUUGGUAUUAUGCAAGCCUGCUGUGAUGUAGCCUUUAAGUAUGCCCAUGAACGGGAAUGUUUUGGAGAGAAGAUUGGGCAUUUUCAGAUGAUUCAGGCGAAGCUUGCCAACAUGUACACCACGUUGAAUGCCAACAGGUCCUAUGUGUAUAAUGUAGCCCGUGCUUUAGACAGAGGAAACAUCAGUCCCAACGACUGUGCUGGUGUGAUCCUGUACGCAGCAGAGGCGGCCACACAAAUGGCACUGGACGCCAUACAGAUCCUUGGUGGAAAUGGCUACAUUAAUGACUACCCGACUGGACGCUUCUUACGUGAUGCGAAACUGUACGAGAUUGGAGCUGGUACCAGCGAGGUGCGCCGACUAGUGAUUGCGCGCGCAAUUAAUGCUUUCUAUAAAUAAUAAACAAUAUGAGUAGAUUAAGGGACAUAUUUUGUAAGACCAACAUUUUAUAGUCAGUGUGAUAAAAUGCAUUUAUUUAUGGCUAUGAAAUGGAAAAUAUCAGGGAAAGCAAUAGUUUUAAGAAAUGUGUUGCAUGCAAAUGGAUUUUGUUAUGGCAUGUACCUAUUGAGUAUGAUUUGAAACUGUAUUGAUUGUUAUGUAAAACGUGGCUAGCCACUGAACUGUUUUGCAAAAUUUUGUUAAAUUUGUGGAAUGAAUUGAUCAAAGAAUUAAAAAAACAAAUGAU